UCCUCAGUGUCCCCAUCGAGUCCCCGCCCUCCCCCCCACCCCACCCCCGGCACUCUGGAUAUGUUUUCUCCCAGAUCUGGAUAUUUUUUUGAUAUCGUGAAACUACGAGGGAAAUAAUUGCAGGGAUUUCUUCUGGGCUCCCUGCUUCCUCCCCCCACGGACAUGCCUUCAGUCUGGGGAGCCGAGGCACCCCGUCCUAGACGAGUGAAGCCCCCCCAGCCACGAGGGAGCGAAAUGAAGGGAAAUUCUGCAGUGGAAUAAGAGCUCUACAGCUAGGUCCUCGCAUCUGCCGUUUGUCCUUUCAAACUGCAUUGUAAUCCGGGCAGGGUAAAUCAGACGGAGAGACGAGCAGCCUCCUGGCCGGAUUUCUCCGCCCGAAUUUACUUUCCAUAUUUCUUUUCUUGGCUCUCCUGCUUCUUGGCUGGCCCAGGGAUGUCUUCCUCGCUGCAGCAACCCUGUCGGGUGCCCCGGCUGCUUUGGGCCGUCCUGCUGGUCAGCACCACGGCUGCUUCCCAGAAUCAAGAACGGCUGUGUGCAUUUAAAGAUCCCUAUCAACAAGACCUUGGGAUAGGUGAGAGUAGAAUCUCUCAUGAAAAUGGGACAAUAUUAUGCUCCAAGGGCAGCACAUGUUAUGGUCUAUGGGAGAAAUCAAAAGGGGACAUCAAUCUUGUGAAACAAGGAUGUUGGUCUCACAUUGGUGAUCCCCAAGAGUGUCACUAUGAAGAAUGUGUAGUAACUACCACCCCACCCUCAAUUCAGAAUGGGACAUACCGUUUUUGCUGCUGUAGUACAGAUUUAUGUAAUGUCAACUUUACUGAGAAUUUUCCACCUCCUGAUACAACACCACUCAGUCCACCUCAUUCAUUUAAUCGAGAUGAGACAAUAAUCAUUGCUUUGGCAUCAGUCUCUGUAUUAGCUGUUUUGAUAGUUGCCUUAUGUUUUGGAUACAGAAUGCUGACAGGAGACCGAAAACAAGGUCUUCACAGUAUGAACAUGAUGGAAGCAGCAGCAUCAGAGCCUUCUCUGGACUUGGAUAAUCUGAAGCUCCUGGAGCUAAUUGGACGGGGUCGCUAUGGAGCAGUAUAUAAAGGUUCCUUGGAUGAGCGUCCAGUUGCUGUAAAAGUAUUUUCUUUUGCAAACCGUCAGAAUUUUAUAAAUGAAAAAAACAUUUACAGAGUGCCUUUGAUGGAACAUGACAACAUUGCUCGCUUUAUAGUUGGAGAUGAGAGACUCACAGCAGAUGGACGUAUGGAGUAUUUGCUUGUGAUGGAGUAUUAUCCCAAUGGAUCGCUAUGCAAAUAUUUGAGUCUACAUACAAGUGAUUGGGUAAGCUCUUGCCGUCUGGCUCAUUCUGUGACUAGAGGAUUGGCUUAUCUUCACACAGAAUUACCACGAGGAGAUCAUUAUAAACCUGCAAUUUCCCAUCGAGAUUUAAACAGCAGAAACGUCCUGGUAAAAAAUGAUGGCACAUGUGUUAUUAGUGACUUUGGUUUGUCCAUGAGGCUAACUGGAAAUAGACUGGUGCGCCCAGGGGAAGAAGAUAAUGCGGCUAUAAGUGAGGUUGGCACAAUUCGCUACAUGGCACCAGAAGUACUGGAAGGAGCUGUGAACCUGAGGGACUGUGAGUCAGCUCUGAAGCAAGUAGACAUGUAUGCACUUGGACUCAUCUACUGGGAGGUGUUUAUGAGAUGUACAGACCUCUUCCCAGGUGAAUCUGUACCAGAAUACCAGAUGGCUUUUCAGACAGAAGUUGGCAACCAUCCCACUUUUGAGGAUAUGCAGGUUCUUGUGUCAAGAGAAAAGCAGAGGCCCAAGUUCCCAGAAGCCUGGAAAGAAAAUAGCUUGGCAGUGAGAUCACUCAAGGAAACGAUCGAAGAUUGUUGGGACCAGGAUGCAGAGGCUCGGCUCACUGCACAGUGUGCUGAGGAGAGAAUGGCUGAACUUAUGAUGAUAUGGGAGAGAAACAAGUCUGUGAGCCCAACAGUCAACCCAAUGUCUACUGCCAUGCAGAAUGAACGCAACCUAUCACAUAAUAGGCGUGUGCCAAAAAUUGGGCCUUAUCCCGAUUAUUCUUCUUCCUCAUAUAUUGAAGACUCCAUACAUCACACUGACAGCAUUGUGAAGAAUAUUUCCUCUGAGCAUUCAAUGUCCAGCACGCCUUUGACUAUAGGAGAAAAGAACCGGAAUUCAAUUAAUUAUGAACGACAGCAAGCACAAGCUCGAAUUCCCAGCCCUGAAACAAGUGUCACCAGCCUGUCCACAAACACAACCACCACAAACACCACUGGCCUCACUCCAAGUACUGGCAUGACCACUAUAUCUGAGAUGCCGUACCCAGAUGAAACAAAUUUGCAUACCACAAAUGUUGCACAGUCAAUGGGGCCAACCCCUGUCUGCUUACAGCUGACAGAAGAAGACUUGGAGACCAAUAAGCUAGACCCAAAAGAAGUUGAUAAGAACCUCAAGGAGAGCUCUGAUGAGAACCUCAUGGAACACUCUCUUAAGCAGUUCAGUGGGCCAGACCCUUUGAGCAGUACCAGUUCCAGCUUGCUCUAUCCACUCAUAAAGCUUGCGGUGGAAGUGACUGGACAGCAGGAUUUCACACAGACUGCAAAUGGCCAAGCAUGUUUAAUUCCUGAUGUUCCACCUGCUCAAAUCUAUCCUCUCCCUAAGCAGCAGAACCUUCCUAAAAGACCUACUAGUUUGCCUUUGAACACCAAAAAUUCAACAAAAGAACCCCGGCUAAAAUUUGGCAACAAGCACAAAUCAAACUUGAAACAAGUAGAAACUGGAGUUGCUAAGAUGAAUACAAUCAAUGCAGCAGAACCUCAUGUGGUGACAGUAACUAUGAAUGGUGUUGCAGGUAGAAGCCACAGUGUUAAUUCCCACACUGCCACAACCCAGUAUGCCAAUGGGGCAGUGCCUUCUGGCCAGGCAGCUAACAUAGUGGCACAUAGGGCUCAAGAAAUGCUGCAGAACCAAUUUAUUGGUGAGGAUACCCGACUGAAUAUCAAUUCCAGUCCUGAUGAGCAUGAACCUUUACUGAGACGAGAGCAACAAGCUGGCCAUGAUGAAGGGGUUCUGGAUCGUUUGGUAGACAGGAGGGAACGGCCACUAGAAGGUGGCCGAACUAAUUCCAAUAACAACAACAGCAAUCCAUGUUCAGAACAAGAUGUACUUACACAGGGUGUUACAAGCACAGUUGCAGAUCCUGGGCCAACAAAGCCCAGAAGAGCACAGAGGCCCAAUUCUCUGGAUCUUUCAGCCACAAAUGUCCUGGAUGGCAGCAGUAUACAGAUAGGUGAGUCAACACAAGAUGGCAAAUCGGGAUCAGGUGAAAAGAUCAAGAGACGUGUGAAAACGCCAUAUUCUCUUAAGCGGUGGCGCCCCUCCACCUGGGUCAUCUCCACUGAACCACUGGACUGUGAGGUCAACAACAAUGGUAGAGACAGAGCAGUUCAUUCUAAGUCUAGCACUGCUGUGUACCUUGCAGAAGGAGGCACUGCCACAACCAUGGUGUCUAAAGAUAUAGGGAUGAAUUGUCUGUGAGAUGUUUUCAAGCCUAUGGAGUGAAAUUAUUUUUUUGCAUCAUUUAAACAUGCAGAAGACAUUUUAAAAAAAAAAACUGCUUUAACCUCCUGUCAGCACCCUUCCCACCCCUGCAACAAGGACUUGCUUUAAAUAGAUUUCAGCUAUGCAGAAAAUUUUAGCUUAUGCUUCCAUAUUUUUUAAUUUUGUUUUUUAAGUUUUGCACUUUUGUUUAGUCUUGCUAAAGUUAUAUUUGUCUGUUAUGACCACAUUAUAUGUGUGCAUAUCAAAAGUGGUCUCAAAAUAUUUUUUUAAGAAAAAAGCAAAAACAAUGUAUUGCUGAUAAUCAGUUUGGACCAUUUUCUAAAGGUCAUUAAAACAGAAGCAAAUUAAGGCAGGUUCAACUGCAGUGGUGUCUGGUAUCCAUGUUUUAUUUCUGGGCACAAGCUAGUUUAUAUGUUGAUAUGUUUUUGAACAUAUUAUCUGUUGGACAUUCUUCUAUCUUGUAUUUUGUUUGAAUGUGCAAUAGUCUUUAGACCACAACGAAGCUUUCUUACCAGCUCUCUUCCUAUCAGGGCACACGUUCUUCCACUGUUGAGACAUUUCCCCCAUUCUUCAAUAAUAGGAACAUUUUCUUGCUUUUUCCUAAGGGAGAAUGCAUAGACACUGUCCAAAGGGCUCCAAAAAGGACUUACCAAAACCUUUUUUGAAAUGCCAUUGUCUUUUAACCUUCCAAAUACUAAGUGUUUCCUUCCAGGCAUUUUAGUAAGUAUAUUUGGUUCUGAUUUUGGAAGUUCAUAAGAGAGCAUAGAACAAAACAGAAGAAAGCAAAUAUUAUCGUUUUCCAUUUUAUUUUUCUAUGUAUGUUCAUGUUCCAUAUUCAUUUAUUUAAGAAAUACUUUUUAUCAGAAAAUAUAUAGAGCUAAACUUACAUGGAAUUUUUAAGUAAGUAGAUGGGCAAGGUGAUGUAGUAUAGGAACUUUGAUUUUCUGAUCAUCACAAGUUACAUUUCCUAUUUAUAAUAACUCCAGAAAACUCAUAGUUUUGAAUUCAUAGUAUCUUUUAUUGUUUCCCAGCAAAGCCUGUCAGCUUUAUGUGAAAACGAUUCCUCUUCCCAUGACCUAAAACACUGUGUGGAAAGCUCAGUCAACCAGCAUGCCCAAUCCCAUGGAAGAAGGGCUUGCUGCCGAAUCUAAGACUGUUGGACAGACUAAGAUUUACCCUCUUUCUUUCAAUAACUUUCUUUGCUAAUCCUAUUUUCAUAAUUUCUCCUCUUACCAGUUUCACAUGAUCUACUUUGAGCAGGAUUUAUUAUUUAUGUGGUAGCAGAGCAUGCUAGUGAUACCAUACCAGUGAAGUCACUAUCACACUCCCUUUGCUUCUUUUGUUACUAAUGAUCUCUUAAACAGGCUCUCUGUCUUUUAAUAAAGCACUUUCUGUCAAAUAUGGGAAUUUUCCCUAAACAUUGUUUGCUGCCAGUUUGCAAACAAAUUGUUCUCGUGUUUUCAGAUUCUCAGAACCCUUAAUAUCCAUUAUCUGAUUAAGUCUUAAAUUUUUGCAGGGGAGUUAAAAAAAGUUAAAUACAAAUCUCCAAAUUUCUGAUUGUGGUUCUCAUGUCCUGAACACCACUUUCUCAUUCGUAAUUCUCUGCCCUUGCCAUUUAACUAAGGACAGCCUGCUUUUCCCAGUACCCUGUCCACAGUGCUUGUGACUCACUUGUGUAAGCCUUCUUUGACUUGCCAUCUGCUGUGUUUCUUUGAUGUGACAGCAUUUGAAACAUUUAUUCAGCUGGAUUGCUGACUAGAGUUCUCAGUCCUAGAAUUAAGAUUAUUGUAUUUAUGCCUGGGGUCCCUUUCUCCCUUUUGUGAUUUAUUGACCUUCUUGUGGUUCAUGGCUUGUUUUGUUUUGUUUUGUAUUGGGGGGUAGUUUGAGACAGGGUUUAUCUGUGUAGCCCUGACUGUCUUGGAACUUGCUCAGUAGACCAGGCUGGCUUCAAACUCAGAUUCUUAGUAUAUAUUUUUGUCUUCUAGCAUACAGUUUCUUUCAGAUAGUCACUAUUUUUUAUCUGAGUAACAACUUGUGUCUUUCUCUUGUCCAAAUAGCUUUCAGAUGCAUUUCAGGAUUUUUUGUGCUUUCAGUUGUGGGACAACUUUAAAUUAAAAAAAAUAUAUAUUCCUUCCAUCUCCAAUUUGAAGCAUUGAGAAUAAAUGACCCUUUGAGGUGCAACUGAUCAGAAAAUUGUCUUUCAUUCUGAUAGCUUGUAUUUGGACCAGUCGAUUGUGAAUUUUCAACAGUCUUUAAUGGUUAAUACAUUUAUAAGAUCCUUUAAAAAUUAAUAUACCAGAUCAAAAGAAAUAAGUAGAGCUUCCCAUCUCGUGCAAAUAUAUUUAAAACAUUUUAUUCCUUUCCCUGAUAUAUGGUAGCUACUUAGAAAAUAGGAAAGGUAGAAAGUAUAGGUCAUUUUAAUAAAUUUUGAAAUCUGUAAUACACAGCACACAAAAAUUCCUUUAAUAACUUAAAUUACUUGUUAGCUUUAUUUAUCUGACUCUAGAAGGUGAAACAACCAAAACAUUUCAGAUAAAAAAUUAAUUUUGGGGGCUAACCUAACCCUGUCUCGUAAACCAAAAAAAAUUUUUUUUAAUUUUGGGCCUUUUGAAUAAAAGUCAUUCAGUUCAAAAAUAUUUCCCUGGACAGUAUUAUAAAAAGCAUCCUAAUAGUACUUCAGAGUGUAGUGUCAGUUCUCUUAGGAAAAUGCCAGUUGUGGGGCUGGAGAGAUGGCAAGGCAGUUAAGAGUGCUUGUACGGAGGACCCAAGCUCAGUCCACAGCAGCUCCAUGGCAACUCACAACUUUCCCUGCAUCCGGUUCUCUCUUGUGGCCUCCAUUGACACGCACAACAUCCCCCAACACACUCACAAAAGUACACAUAAUUAAAAAAUAAAAAUAAAUCUUAAAUCCUAAUUGUAUACCAAAACUAAGUAAUAGAAAGAACUUGAUUUGAAUUAAUGUAUAGAAUAAAAUGAUUUAAAUAAAAAUCCUAAAAAAUUUAAAUGUAUAAUUAAAAAAACACUUUUACUGUAGAAAUUUGUGAGGACAUAUACUAAAAACUGGUAUGUAGUUAACACUAUUUUUUUCAUCUUCAGAGCAACCAUAUUUUAAUUAUUUUACAACCAAGGAAACAAAAAUUAGGAGAAAGUAAUUAAUUUGUCCAAGUUUACCUGGGAUAAAGCUCUAGGUCUGUUUCUACAUAUCUCUUUCAUCCAUCCACAUGACUACAUUCUUUAUGGACGGAUGUGUAAUGUAACUCUGUACUCCAGCAGACUUGUGGCUUGUAUGUAACCCACACCAGAUACCUUAGUGAUUUGAGAAGUUAGGUAAUCAUAACAAAGUCUGUAAUCAUUAUUGCUUAAAAAGCAAUUACUAAUUCAGUACAAAAUUCAACCUACAUCUUAAAAUCACCCCACUUAUCUUUUAAUAUUCUUAUAUUGCAGAACUAAAGGCAAAGUAAAUUUUAAGAGAAAAGUGAAGGAAGCUGUGGAAACAGAGACUCCUAAAACGAUCCCAUAGUAGAUUUGGAAAAAAUAGUUUAAUAUAAAUUUUUAAUCUUCUUAACCCUUUGACUCCAUCUGUAAAAUUUCUGUGCCAACAAUGUUAAAAAAAUUGUUUAAUUAGAGAACUAAAUAAGUUGUAGAAAAACUACAAGAUUAAUUCCCUUUUUUAUAAAGCAGGUUGGUGUAGUUUCCUUAUGUGUGUGUAUCAGUUCUGGAAACUGUAUGUUGGUUCUGAAUGAGAAAAUACAGAAGGAACACUCAAAUAGUAGGAAUUAUCCCAAAUUUUGGCAAAUAUUUUUACUUAAAAUAUUUUCAAGUUUGACUUCUAAAUCCCAAAGAAUACCUAAUAGGUUGUAACUGUUAUACUACAUGUUUAGUUUCUGUUAACUAGUCAUUUAAAAUGGAAAGAAAAUAAGUGUUUUGUUUUCUUUUUCAUAUUUAUAGACAUUAAUAUUUCAUUGGGGGUCAUUUAUUAGUAUUUGAUACUGUAUUAUAUUUUACACCAUGUUUUAUAAACGUGUGUUGAACUUAGUAUUGGUCAUGUGUAUGUUAUUACAUGACUACCCAUGGAUUUUUUUUUAAUGUAUAAUUGCUCUAUGUCCUUAACUUAAAAGAUAGAUUCUUACGCAUGCUAGUUGAUGUUUUAAACCUGUCAGUUCUAGAAAGUAUGUAACACUCCCCACAGACCCCAGGAAUCUAAGAAGUGUGUAACACUCCCCCACAGACCCCAGGAAUCUCUCUUAACAUAUGAUUAUUUUCAGUAUUCACACCCUUGACUAGCAGUGGGUUGUGGUGGGUUUUGUUUUCCAGAAGAUAAAUUUGCAUUUUUAACUUUUGUUUUUAGAUUAUGAACUAUGCAAACUUUGCCCAAAACUACCUUACACGACCCCUUUCUAACUAUGCUCAUUGAUAAUGUCUGUCUAGCUGGUUACUUCCUGAGCUAUCACACAAAGAUUCUGUCAAAAGGAGGCUUCUCUACAGGUGUCCUCAGGAGCACACCAGCACCUGUGUGCCCACAGAGGCGGACACCUGCCGUUCCUCUCUUUAAACCCCUCAUGGUUUCUGCUGACUGUCCCUCCACUGUCUGGCUUGCAAUCAUGUCAAGACAGUUUUUUUCUUACCUAUUCUGUCUCUCUUGUUUGCUUUGGAGUGUCUGUCAUACCUAGUAGGGAACAAAUGGUCCUUUGUCCUUCUCUGCAGUGCUCUUUAGUCGGCUUCAGGCUUCUCAAUCAACACUUCAUCAGAAAAAUUUUCUAGUUCCUUUAGGUCUGUUUCUCCUCAAAUCUAUUUUAAUUACUUUAUUUAUAUUUAAGAGCACAUAAAAUUCUAUGUUAUAUUCAAAUUAAUUGCUCCAUUUAAUUUAUAGCACAGUAGUUUGAUAGAAUUUAAAGAUGUUACCUUUUGACAUUGGAUUUAAUCAUCAGACCACCCAAAAAUCAGCACUUAAUUUUUGUAUUAUCUACAUUUUUCUAUUAAAGUGUAUUUUAUGAUUUUAUAUCUGCACAGAUAGAACUGAAAAAGCUAUGCAUAUGUAAUCGUGUAUCAUUUUCAUUAAACUCUCACCUAUGUCACAGUGAAUUUUAGUAUUACGAUUGAGUCACAACAAAUAUUGUACAUUUUUUUCAUAUCAAAUACUAUAUUAAACACAAAAUGCAAAAUUAACUAUUAAAAGCAGACCCUACAGACAUCAGGUAUUACCCAUGAUAUUUUUGUAUCUCUGUAGACCACUUUUGAAAUGCUUACCGUUGUUUUUGCAGCAUAGAGUGAAUGGACUAGAACAAUUUUCAUUUAACUUUAUAAGUGGUUAAAGUUGGGUGUUUGCGUAGAGAAUAGAUCUUUAAAAUUUAUCUCAAGGCAUAUAGAUUUGAAAGUAAACAUUUGAGAGGCUAUACUAUAUGUUAAAAUUAUGCCCCAAAUAAAUCUAUUGAAUCUUUUUUAAAUUCCAAUUUUGUUAUUACUAUGGUGUUUUGAGUUGUUUCUACUGAACAUUGUAAACACACACAUUCAUUUGUAAAACUUGGUUUGCAGCCCACAUUCAAAUCUGGAGCAGAGAAAAUCUUUAGAACUAAAUUGCUUUGUUAUAAUGCCCAGUUUGUGGCCGGCGUUGUUGACGCACGCCUUUAAUCCCAGCACUCAGGAGGCAGAGGCAGGCGGAUCUUUGUGAGUUCCAGGACAGCCUGGUCUACAGAGCUAGUUUCAGGACAACCUCCAAAACAAUACAGAGAAACCCUGUCUCGAAUAACCAAAAAAAAAACAAAAAACAAAAAAUGUCCAGUUUGUAACUGAAUUUUAACGAAAAUUGACUAUACUUGAAAUUACAACUUGACUGUUUUUUUCUUUUUAAAAAGUCCCCCCUGUUUUAUUUGUAUUUUAAAUUUCAGAAACAUCUUCAUGGUUUAGAAUCACUUUUAGACAUAGUAUUACUUAAAAACUCAGGGCACCUUUCAUCUGUACACUGAAAACGUUCGGUUGGUAGCAAACAAGCAAUUAGAUCUAGUCAUAUAUUUAAAGUUUUUCUUGCGUAGUAAUGUGUUAUCAUAUUAUUUGACUUAAUUCACAUCAACAUGAUAUUUGAUUUCAUUAAUCAUAAAAACUUGCCCAGUUCUGUAAUUACUGAAUAUUAGGCAUGACUCAACUAAUUGGCCACAUGUCAUAGCAGAUUUAAGCCUUGGAGUUAAAAAGCCAAGUUAAACAUGUUCUGUUUUUGGUUCUGUGGUUAUACUGGAUGGAACAAAUGUUUCGUUUCAUUUUGUUUUGUUUUUUAAUAACAGAGCUUAGGAAAAGUAAUUCUGAGAUAGAAUUUUCUUAAGAGAUAAUUAGCAUUAUAAAACUUGUAAGAGUGAGCUGAUAACUGUAGCUUUAGUAAUGGCUUGAUGGCUUUGAGAAGGUGAUCUAUGGUAAGCAGUUUUUCACACUGUCAGAGCCAAACAAUUUUUCUUUAAGUCAGAAAAACUUAAGCUCUAAUUGGUCUGCUGUAUAUUUAAAUCUUAGCAGUAAUUUGUAAUCAGUCUUGUCUCAGGCUCCCUACCUUGUUAUCAGUCUUAAGUAUAUAAAGGAAACAUUUGUAAAGAUGUAUAAGAGUAAGAAAACUAAUGACUAAAAAGUUCAAUUCAAAGCAAUUAGAUUUCAAUUUAAUAUUGAGUUGCUUGACUUAUGUGGCUUUUUUUCUUUCAUGGUAACAUUUAUUUAUUUAAGGGAUGUUGUAUGUCAUGUCUUCAUUUCUAUAGAAAUUGUAUUGUAUAAGUGUUUGUGUAAGCUGGAAUCAUCCUGAAUUUUCUGUUGCUAAUUUUUCAAGUGAACUUACAUGGAUAAUUGUAAAAUACACUAACUCUUAGGGUGUUAUAGCUGAAACAUGGAGAUGUGUAGCUGCCGUGUUUUUUCUGAAUGGAUAAGAAAAACAUUAGCUACCGAGUAUUCAUUUCUGAGGAUGCUUUUUAGCAAAAGAAAGGCUGACAAUAUUGGCUCUUCCUCAGAACCCUCUUUCUUGUUAACGGGUAUCUUUUGUUGGUGUAUUCUGUUCUUACAUUACAGAUAGAAUAUCGUGUGUGAAUUUAUGAAUAAUUACUUUCAGUUAUUUGCUUUUGUAUAAGCCAUCUGAGACCUUGCUAUGCUGUAUAAGUUGUGUUUGAUGGAGCAGUGUGAGUAUGAAAUAAAGCAGAUCACUUUCUUUUGUAUUAUCUAUGGAUGCCACUAUGAACGCUGACAUUAAGCCACUAAAGAGUUUUCUAUGAAUAAGUGUAAGUAAAUGCUUUGAUAUAUAUAAACCUAAAUACAAAGAUUGUAUUGAGACAGAGACAUUGGCAAAGGAAGUUUUAAGGCAGUUCUUUAGGUUUAAAAAGGCUUGCUGUAAAAUGGUGCAUUAUUCCAUUUAUUAAAGAUCAUAUUAAUGACAACA